UCGGGCCGAGUGAGAAGUUCCGGGGCCCGGACGCGAGCGGGUGCUGGGUGUCCCCGGCUCACUCCGCACAGCCCUGGGAGCUUCAGCCGCCCCUUAGUGUACAGAUAAGAAUAUCAGAUGGCAUCUGGGGAUUUCUGCUUACCUGGAGAAGGGAUGGAAAUACUCCAACAAGUGUGCAGCAAACAGCUUCCUCCUUGUAACCUGAGUGAAGAGGACCUGUUACAGAACCCACACUUCAGUAAACUGCUGCUGAGUCUCUCAAAACACAUGGACGAAAGUGGCUUGAGCCUUUCCCUGGCAAAGGAGCAGGAUCAGGCAUGGAAAGAAGUUCGACUACAUAAGACAACAUGGCUGAGAUCGGAGAUUUUACAGAGAGUCAUCCAAGAGCUGCUUGUGGACUACUAUGUGAAGAUACAAGAUACAAAUUUAACUUCCGAGGACAAAAAGUUUCAUGAAACCCUUGAACAGCGGCUACUUGUGACUCAACUAACACAGCUCUUAGGUCCUAGCCAGGAAAGGGAGAUGCCUCCACUGCUAGGACUGGAGAAAGCAGACCUUCUGGAGCUCAUGCCACCCUCGGAGGAUUUUGUGUGGAUGAGAGCUCGGCUCCCACUCGAAGUGGAGGAGCAGCUCAAGAAGAAAUGUUUCACUCUGCUUUGCUACCAUGAUCCUAAUUCCGAUUCAGACCAUGAAACCCUGAAGGCAGCAAAGGUAUGGAAACUGGCAGAGAUCCUGGUGAAUGAGAAGCAGCAGUGCCAGGAUGCCAAGAGCCAGCAGAAGGAGCAGAUGGUCCUGCUGGAGAAGAAGAGUGCCACCUACUCCCAGGUGCUUCUCCGCUGCCUCACCUUACUACACAGACUUCUUCAGGAGCACCGACUGAAGACUCAGUCUGAGCUAGACCGCAUCAGUGCCCAGUACCUGGAGAUCAAGUGCAGUGCCAUGAUCCUUAAGCUGAGGAUGGAAGAGCUAAAAAUUUUGUCUGACACUUACACUGCUGAGAAAGUGGAAGUUCACCGUUUCAUUAGGGACCGUUUGGAAGGGGCCAUUAGGCUACAAGAACAGGACAUGGAGAAGUCCCGACAGGUCCUAAAUACCUAUGAGGUCCUUGGAGAGGAGUUUGACAGGCUGGUAAAAGAGUACACCCAACUCAAGCAGGCAACUGAGAACAAGCGCUGGGCACUCCAGGAGUUCAACAAGGCCUACCGCUAAAUGUUGGCAGGCCAGGAGACAUGGUUUGUGCUUUGGUGCUGCCUCCUCUUCCUCCUGCUAAAAGGACCUCCUCCAUCUGGGGCCAUCUUCACUCAAGGGAGAGUGGGGACACUUGCCUGAAACACUGCAGUCAUUUAGACACCCUCCUGGUUUCUCUUCCUUGUUUACAAUGAUUGAAUCUCUUCUGAAAAAUGUAGCCAAUUUAUAUGAUUUUAUGUAGAGCUGUUUUUCAGUGUCUUCCCUGUAUGGUAUUUGAUUAUCUCCUGAAUAAAGUGAUAAUA